AUGUCCUCCAUCCUGCCUUUCACUCCUCCCAUCGUCAAGCGGCUCCUGGGCUGGAAGAAAGGGGAGCAGAACGGGCAGGAGGAGAAAUGGUGCGAGAAGGCGGUGAAGAGCCUGGUGAAGAAGCUGAAGAAGACGGGGCAGCUGGACGAGCUGGAGAAGGCGAUCACCACGCAGAACAUCAACACCAAGUGCAUCACCAUCCCCAGAUCAUUAGAUGGCCGGCUGCAAGUAUCUCACCGGAAAGGUCUUCCCCAUGUGAUCUACUGCCGGCUGUGGCGGUGGCCAGACCUUCAUAGCCACCAUGAGUUGCGUGCCAUGGAGAUGUGCGAGUAUGCCUUUAACAUGAAGAAGGAUGAAGUCUGUGUGAAUCCUUAUCAUUACCAAAGAGUGGAAACGCCAGUGUUACCUCCAGUGCUGGUGCCUCGGCACACAGAGAUCCCAGCUGAGUUCCCGCCGUUAGACGAUUAUAGUCAUUCUAUUCCAGAGAACACUAACUUCCCAGCAGGUAUCGAGCCACAGAGCAACUACAUUCCAGAGACACCUCCUCCAGGCUAUUUGAGUGAGGAUGGAGAAACUAGUGACCACCAGAUGAACCCCAGCAUGGAUGCAGGUUCUCCAAACUUAUCACCAAACCCCAUGUCUCCAGCACACAAUAAUCUGGAUCUGCAGCCUGUUACCUACUGCGAGCCAGCUUUCUGGUGCUCGAUAUCCUACUAUGAACUCAACCAGCGAGUGGGAGAGACUUUCCAUGCCUCUCAGCCCUCUAUGACCGUGGAUGGUUUCACUGACCCAUCUAAUUCUGAACGCUUCUGCCUUGGUUUAUUGUCUAACGUGAACAGAAAUACGUCAGUGGAACUCACAAGACGACACAUUGGACGAGGAGUAAGACUCUACUACAUUGGUGGUGAGGUGUUUGCCGAGUGCCUUAGUGACAGUGCCAUUUUUGUCCAGUCUCCCAACUGCAACCAACGCUACGGCUGGCACCCAGCAACAGUUUGCAAGAUUCCACCAGGAUGUAACUUGAAGAUUUUUAACAACCAGGAAUUCGCCGCUCUCUUGGCUCAGUCUGUAAAUCAGGGCUUCGAAGCUGUGUAUCAGCUGACCAGAAUGUGCACAAUUCGAAUGAGCUUUGUCAAGGGAUGGGGAGCAGAAUACAGGCGGCAGACUGUGACCAGUACUCCCUGCUGGAUUGAACUGCAUCUUAAUGGUCCUUUGCAGUGGCUAGACAAGGUCCUUACACAAAUGGGCUCCCCGAGUAUUCGUUGUUCCAGUGUCUCCUAAGGAAACACCUCCUGGGGGUGGGUGGGGGGAACAAAGACUCUGGAAAAAGGAAUUGGCUUAACCCUUAGCAAAAUGCAUAGUGCAUAGUAAACAAAUUCCCAGUUAUUGAAGUGACGAGAAAAGAAUCUGCUUUAAAAAAAAAAAGGUGGGUUUUCUUUGUUUUGUUUUGUUUUUUAAACUAAAUACCCAUUUAAGCCACUUCCACUGAAACUGUUAGCACUUUGGUUACAAUGCUAUGGGCCAUUGCAGUUAGAAUUUGAAGCUGAAGUUUAUCAUGAUAAAAAACUGGACUUUGUUUCAGCGGAGAGAAGCCAGUGCUCUGCCUCCAGCCAUGUCGUGCCUGUCUGGCUGCUCGCUCCACACUGUUGUGAGCACGCAGGAGCCACUGACGGCUCGGAGGAAACUUUCCGUUUGCCUCACACAACUCUGGGCUCGUGUCAUGCAGCAUCUCUGAAAAGCCAGAUACCGUGGGACUUCGGGAUGACUCUUGCUCGUGCAUUCCUGUCACCACCUACCUGAUCCACACCUGUCCUCCCUGGGAUUGCAGCAGUAGGGGGAAAAGGAAGCAUUUAAAGCACACACAAGAACUAAUUCCCCCAGUAAUGUUCCCAAAAGGAAUGAAUUUCCCACGCCGGACUACUAGCAAGGAGGCAGAGACUUGCUUCAUGCCUGAGGGAUGCAGCUGAUACCCUGAUGGUCUCAGACUGGAUUGACAUGAAGCAAAAGGCCAAACUUAAGGCUCCUUCUGAUAUUGCUGCAGUGACUUUUGACUUGAGCUGCUCACAGACAGACAUUUGUCAUGUGGGGAGCUCUGGCUGGCUAAGUUAAGCCUUCGUUAUUGUGCAGUCUAUUUGCAUUAACUACAGAAAGUUUGUAUUCUAUUUUCUCAGUAUGUUGAUUGGUAUCUGCCACUUCUGAAGUCUUAGGGGCUUAGUGAAUUCAGUGUCCAGGUCUGCUCUAGUGAUAGAAGUGAACGGGCUCUUGCUGCCAUUUUCAGAAUAUGCAAUUUAAUAGGUUAUCCCUUGCCGUCACAUGUGACUGCGCAUGAACCAGGACAUCUCAGACACAAACCCCCUCUGUUUAAAACUUAUUUCAGCUGAUUAAAAUGCUCUGAGAUGUGUUUUUGCCUGGAGAAAUUGGGAUAGUGUGUAUUUACUUGUAUUAUAAAAUGUUCAUUUUAAACA